CCCGAAAAACAGCUACGAGGUGUUUGAGGGCAUUUAAAAAAUACUAUUGCUUCCCUUUCUGCGUCAGAUACGAAUGGGCUUUUGUGCAGAUAUAUAUCUCACUAGAGGCUGCUGGACCUAAAGUAAAGCCACGGUUCCUGGUCUGUUUCUUUGUGUAAUUUAAAACCAGGUUUACUUUUACAACCUAAACCACGAGGAACGCCCCCUCCUUAAUUCAAACACUAUUGCACGGUGUUGAGAGUGAGUGCACAGGGGCUGGCUUGCUUUCCCUGCUAAAGUUCAAGCAGAGAUGAGCCUCUUGAAUUCCUCGUCUCACAUGUUUUAUGCGAAUGCUUUUAUUUGUCCUGAUCAAACAAAAUCCAAUUUUGGAACCGCUGAAGGAAGAGCACAAAGGAACUCCGGGAAAGCAGCCUUUGCUAUUUUAGGAGCUGGAGCCAGCUCCCAUUUCAGUCAAUGGAAAGACCUGGCGGUGGGGGAAUGGAUCGAGCCCUACAGGAACAACUAGCUCCAAAUCCAGCAUGUCUCAUCUCAGAGUCAGACUCAGAGCAAAAUAAACUGUUGCUGGACCACGUGAUUACUUAAAGAGGAAUGAGUCGAGCUGGUUUUUAAAAACCCACGAGCGAGCGUGUCUCGUUGAAACGCACAGCAAAGCCCAUCCAAAAAAAAAAGUGAAAACAAAACAAAAAAACACCUUUAAAAACCGGUUUAAAAUAACCCCAGCAGGAGAGAAUCUUCUUUCACUGACAAACCCGAACGAAGGGGGACUUUCUGUGUUGUGUUUGUUCCUCAAAAAAUAGUAGGCUGGAUUGGGGGGAAGAGAGGGAGAAACAACCCCGAGGCCACCAAAUCCGUGGGGGCCAAGGGUCUGGAUUAUUUACCGGAUGAGCUGCUAAAGACGCGUCGCCCCGCUUCCAGUAAAGGCAGCCACAGCUGGGGCUGGCUGGGACCAGCGAACUGCAGCGCGCUGAAUCAGAGCACGCCACGCUGCGGCGCGCCCCGUGAUUGAGAAGUUUGAAAGCAUGUGAGAAUGACAGUGUGUCUCGGGCUGCGGCGUGCCAGGAAUUUCGAAACUGCCCCGCAAGCCCAUCAGCAUCAUAACAAGGCGGCUCCAACCAUAACACCCCCCGAGCAGAAGAAGGAGCAAAAGAGCCUCUUGGCGUCUUGGGGGGGGGGGUGGUUCCCCCCCCCUCUUUUUUUGGUCUGAAACUAGUCCGUGGGGGUGGGGAGGAAGAGCAGGGCUUGUUCAGUGCUAUGCUAAUCUUUUAAGCGCUCUUUUCUUGCUCUACACUGCUUUUCUUUCUUCUCCAUUCUCUUCACCCUAAGGAGUGGGUGGCUCAUCCGGCAGCAACAGGAGGAGGCUAAGUCAGGGGCAGCUGUCAAAAUCCUCCUCCCCCGCCCCCUUCCCAGUUUAAUGAUCAAACGCCUGGCUGGGAAGAAAGGCAGGAACCAGGAGGCGCAGAGGCUCUGCCCUGCACUGUCACAUCACACGCUCUGUUGUGUGUGUGUGAGAGUAUCCCCUCUCUCCCUCCCCUCCGCUGACAACCGUCUCCGCAGCCAGGGAGGAGGAGGAGGCAAAGCGGCUAUUGCUCUGUUACUCUCUCACUUACUCAUUGCUGAAAGGUGGGCGGAGGGUACCUUUCCCCCUGGUGCCUUUUCUCACGUUGACAAGCUGGGGCCCAGCACCGGAGAGGGGGGGAAAAAAGAACAAAGACAGAAGAGGAGGGAAAGCACUAAAUCCGGACCAAACAUCCCAGGCAGAAGGAAGCUGUCAGCUGGAGGUGACACAACACACAGCCCAUUGAAGCGCCCUGGUUAGCAGCCACGGCUGGGAAGGGAGCCCUCUGCCCGCCUUCCAAGUUGCAAAGCGGGGAUUGCUCCGCACGCAGGAAAAGGCAACUUGAUUUGUGCGUGCGGUGCCCGUUGGGUAGCAAGCCUCGCCAGCUGGUGCGGUCCGCGGCUCGAGACCACGAUGAAAAGUAAAAAAGGUGUAGCUGCAAUAUCUGGCAGUGAGACGGAGGAUGAUGACACCAUGGAUGUCCCACUGGAUCUUUCCUCUUCCACUGCGUCAGGCAAACGGAGGAGACGUGGUAACCUGCCCAAGGAGUCAGUGCAGAUUCUUCGGGACUGGCUGUAUGAGCACCGAUACAAUGCCUAUCCAUCAGAACAAGAAAAAGCAGUGUUGUCCCGACAAACACACCUUUCUACACUACAGGUCUGCAACUGGUUUAUCAAUGCACGCCGCAGGCUUUUACCUGACAUGCUGAGGAAGGAUGGCAAGGAUCCAAAUCAAUUCACUAUCUCACGAAGAGGGACCAAGAUUUCUGAAGGCAACCCAGUGGAGUCUUCCACAGGCACAAAAAACUACAUUCCACUGUUAGAAGAGAACUCAUUUCUUUCUGGUACCACAGGACUAAACAAGGCUGUCUCUUCUAAACCUUCUUCCCCAGGAUCUGUUUUGGCUCGACCUUCAGUGAUUUGCCAUACCACUGUAACUGCAUUGAAAGAUGCCCCUUUCCUUUUGUGCCAGUCAGCUGGUGUAGGCCCGACCACCGACCUGCAGCAGACAUCAGCUAGCAGAUUCACAGACAACUCUCUUGCAUACCACGAGGAUGCUUCUAAACUGGGACCUAGUACAAAUACACAAAGUGGCCUUUUCAACACUCCUCCUCCUACCCCACCAGACCUCAACCAAGAUUUUAGUGGAUUUCAGCUUCUGGUGGAUGUUGCACUGAAAAGGGCAGCAGAGAUGGAGUUGCAGGCAAAACUUAUGGCCUAAUUCCCCCUUUUUUUUUUCAGGCAGGAAUUUAACAAAUAUGUGAUUAUUGCUGCCCAUGUGAUAUCAAAAGACUAACUGCAUUUUUUAUUAUUAUUAUUAAUCUUAUUUGCACAAGGGAUUGCUGAAAUGAAGCUUCCUGUCACUGAGGUGGUCUUCAGUGAAAUAUGGUCAUUCCAAGAAUUAUAAACUUAAAGCUACUGUAGAAACAAAGGGUGUUUUUGUUUGUUUGUUUGUUUUUAUGUUUCUUAGUAGGUUUUUCAUAAUGUGAGAUGGUUCCCAAGAUCAUGUGAUUUUUGUUUUCGUUUCUUUCAGACUGUGCAAUAUCUAGUAAUGAUGUAGACUUCUUAUCAUUCCUGUGUGGAACAGAAUAUACCGACAUGCUGUCUAAAACAAAUGUUCAAUUUUUUUAAACAAUAUGAAUCUGGAUGAUUAUGCUUUUUUUCCACGAUGUAAUAAAAUAUUUUCUUUAAAAAUGGA